GUUAGCAGCAGGUGCGCUUGUGUGUUGCAAAAAUGGCGCGCUGGGGUGACGAUAAGACGUUACAGUUUGUUAUUCUAUACCGAAAUCAUGAAUGCCUGUGGAACCCAAAGUCUUCGCAGUAUAAAAACAAUAUUUUGAGAAACAAUGCGUAUGAAGAUAUGAUAAUGAAGAUGAAUGACCCUACGUUAAGUUUGAAAAGUUUAAAAACAAAAAUCAAGAACCUGAGGUCGGUUUACCACAAUGAACUAAAAAAAAUUGAACAUUCCAAGCGAUCAGGCUCUGGCACCGCUGAGGUAUACAACCCGUCCACGUCAUGGUUCCAUGAAAUGCAUUCUUUUCUGGGAGACACUGGUGACUACAGGACAUCUAUUGAGUUGAAUGUAGAAGAUUCAUCGCGUUCCUCUAGUAACCCAUCAAAACGGCGUAAAAAAGGAGUCUUGGAAGAAGGAUCAAUUACAUGUGCGCUCGAUCGCUGGGAAAAUCUAACUUCUGUUAUAAAUAGACCGACGGAAUACGACGAAUUCCAUUAUUUUGCUCAAAAUGUUGCAGCUCAAUUGCGAGCCCUGCCAUUGUACGCGGCAUUAGAUUUACAAACUGAGAUCCAAACACUUCUGAUUGCAGCAAGACAAUGUGAAAUACAAAAAGAAAAAAUAAUGGAAAAUGCUCUACAAAGUAGAGUGAAAUCGGCAACUACUACUUCCAAAGUAGCGCUUUCAGCCAAUAAAGUUGAAUCGUUGACUUUUAUGCUAAAAUGGAUGCCACUGAUCGAUCAGAAUUAUUAUAAAGCCGUACCACCGGAGCAAAGUGGAAAAACUAAGAAAAAGAAAAUUAACAAAAACAGGAACUAA